CGAAGAGGAGGACGACUUGUGUCCCUGCAGCUCUCCACAGCCUGUUGUCUACUGACACUUUUCUUGGUUUGUUUGUUUUUUUGUGAGGAAUUCCUGCAGCAACAUGAAUCCGCCCUGUGGACGAUGCAAUAAACCGGUUUAUCCCACAGAAAAAAUAAAUUGCCUUGACAAGUAUUGGCACAAGGGCUGUUUCAGCUGCGAGGUGUGCAAGAUGGCCCUCAGCAUGACAACCUACAAGGGCUUCGAGAAGAAACCCUACUGCAGCAUGCAUUACCCCAAAACUUCCUUCACCAUAGUGGCCGACACGCCCGAGAAUCUGCGCCUCAAGCAGCAGAGCAUGCUCAACAGCCAGGCCCUCUACAAGGAGGACUUUGAAAAGAACAAGGGGAAAGGCUUCAGCGUGGUGGCCGACACUCCGGAGAUGCAGAGAGUGAAGAAGACGCAGGACCAGAUCAGUAACGUUAAGUACCACGAAGAGUUUGAGAAGAGCCGGAUUCGCAGUGACGCUCCUCCUCCUGAGAACAGACAAGACUAUGAGGAACAACCACCCAACCCUGAGAGGUUCGGUCAGCCAGUGGCAAAGACGCGCCCUGCUGCCGUGGCACCACCUAGUGGAGAGAGACGCUACCAGGCCGUGUACAGCUACGCGGCAGCCGACGCGGACGAGGUGUCCCUGCAGGAGGGCGACCUGCUCUCGGACGUGGAGCGGAUAGACGAGGGGUGGAUGUUCGGGUGCAACCAGCGCACGGGGCAGCGCGGCAUGCUUCCCGCCAACUACGUCCGGCCCGUGUGACGCGUGCCGCGAAGCCGUCCUCGCGCAGGCGUCUUCUACUCAAAGAGCACCUUUUGAAACUUGCAACUAAAAAAAAAUAAAAGAUUGC